AUGUGCAUCGUUGUGCGUCUUUAUGACCCUGAAACACAUAAAAUUUCUAGUCUUCUAUGGGAAUUGCGACCUUUGUUUGAGAAGAACGAUUUUGACGCUGCAAAUCAAGGUGCAACUGGAGAAGCAAUUUAUAAAUCGAUUAUCAGAAGCUUUCAGGAUGAAAAUGUUCCUACAGAGAACAUAAUUGGAUUUGCAUCAGCACAAUUCGAGCAUACGUUCAAUGACUUAAAUGAUCCAUUCAUGAAGUUAUAUUUUAUAUUCUUGCAAUGGGUGCUGCCUAAGUUCGUGAAUCUAAACGAAUAUUUCCAAAAAAGCGGCGUCUUAAUAACAGAACUCGACAGAAAAAUGAGAGCAACUUAUCAAGAGCUUCUGUUGUGUUACAUGGAACGAAACUAUGUUGUUACAAAUGAUAUAAACGCUAUUGACCCGACUAAAGAAGAACAUUUUUUACGACCUGAAAGUAUGUAUUUUGGGGUACAACUGAUGACUGAAAUAGCAAACCAGGAUAUUCAAUCAAGGCAAGACUUGAUUUCAGAUUUCCAAAAAAGAGCGAGAGAUUUCCUUAUAACCGGGUGUUGUCAAAUAAGGAACAGAUAUGACUUUUCCAAUGUAUUACUGCAGAAGUUAUCGAUAUUAUCGCCGAAAAAUGCUGUUUCUCGUGCUCAAAGAACCAUGGAGCCAACUCUGUUGCCCAUGAUGCUAAAGGUUCCUUGCAUCAUGAAAGGUAAAACAAAUGAACAAAAACAGGCCAUAGACGAUGAAUGGAGACUUCUACCGGAAACAGUUCUUCCCGAAGACUUAUUCCUUGAUAUAGACAAAAUGUCACCUGAUGAGUUUUGGAGCAAGAUAUUACAUUUAUCGGAACCGCAAUUUAGGAAUUUGGCGAAAUUUGUUCUUGAAGUUCUCUCCUUGCCACAUGCAAAUGCCGAUUCAGAAAGAAUUUUUAGCGCUGUGAACUUAAUUAAAACAAAACAAAGAAACCGCCUCUUAACAUCUACUAUAAAUGCGACAUUAUUAGCAAAACAGUAUAUUUCCAGGAAACAUUCAAAUUGUACGACGUUCAAGCCAACUCCCGAAAUUAUAACUAAAAUUAAAAAACCGUCUGAUUAUGAAAAAAACGCCACUGAAGAUAUCUUAUUGGAUGAUGUUGUGGAUUUGAUGGGAGGAGAGUCCGAG